GCAGUGCAUGCUGGGAGGGAGCGGUGCAAGGAGAUGCAGGGUCAGCCUGUGAAAGCCUGAAGGCUCGUGGGAGUCCUACGGUAGCACAGAUACUAAUCCUGCUAUUUAAGUUUAGGGACUGGAGUGUAGUCAGGGCUCAGAAACAGGCAGUAGGUUGCUCAUUCCCUGUACCAAAUCCUCUGGGAAACUACUCAUCUAUUUUCCAGAAUCUCCACUUUCAUUUAAAAUAAAAAGCAAAUGAAAAUGAGACCAGGAGAGGUUCUUAUAGACUGUUUAGAUUCUAUUGAAGAUACCAAAGGAAACAAUGGAGACAGAGGUAGACUUCUAGUGACAAAUUUACGGAUUAUUUGGCACUCAUUGGCAUUACCUAGAGUCAAUCUCUCUGUUGGUUACAACUGCAUUAUAAAUAUAACUACGAGAACUGCUAACUCAAAACUACGAGGCCAGACAGAAGCUCUUUAUAUAUUAACUAAAUGUAACAAUACACGAUUUGAGUUCAUAUUUACUAAUGUGGUUCCUGGGAGUCCCAGACUUUUCACUUCAGUUAUUGCUGUACACAGAGCUUAUGAAACUUCUAAAAUGUACCGUGAUCUUAAGCUAAGAAGUGCAUUGAUUCAAAACAAGCAACUGAGAUUAUUACCACAAGAACAAGUAUAUGACAAAAUCAAUGGAGUCUGGAAUUUAUCUAGUGACCAGGGAAAUCUGGGGACCUUUUUCAUUACUAAUGUGAGAAUAGUUUGGCAUGCAAAUAUGAAUGACAGCUUUAAUGUCAGCAUACCAUAUCUGCAAAUUCGUUCAAUAAAGAUUAGAGACUCAAAGUUUGGCUUGGCACUUGUCAUAGAAAGUUCUCAGCAGAGUGGAGGCUAUGUACUUGGUUUUAAAAUAGACCCUGUGGAGAAACUACAGGAGGCAGUGAAAGAAAUAAAUUCACUGCAUAGAGUUUACUCAGCUAGCCCUAUAUUUGGAGUGGAUUAUGAAAUGGAAGAAAAGCCUCAACCUCUUGAAGAUCUGACAGUGGAACAGGUUCAGGAUGAUGUGGAAAUAGAGUCUGAUGAACAGACAGAUGCUUUUGUGGCUUACUUUGCAGAUGGUAAUAAGCAACAAGAUCGGGAACCUGUAUUUUCAGAAGAACUGGGACUGGCAAUAGAGAAACUGAAGGAUGGAUUCACGCUUCAGGGACUCUGGGAAGUAAUGGGUUGAUUUAGAUUUAACAUUAUUUUCCUGAUCAAUGCAAGGCAUGUAGUCAUUAUGUUACCACCAGAUCUUUAGGAAGACUGAAAAUAUUUGAGUAAGACAGAACUAUUAUACCAAAGAGAAGGAACAUAUAAAUAUCAUACAAUGAAUAGUUAACUUAUUUUGUGAAAGAAAACAUGUUAAACAAAUUGUACAUUUGUAACAAUUGUAUUUUGUGUAUUUUUUUAUAUAUUUCUUGUGCUAAAGUUUUAAAUUAUUUAUUUGCUUAUAUAAAAAAGGUACUGAUCUAUAAUUGUAUCUAAAUAACAUUUCCAUUGCAUCUUUUGUGACACAGUCUUAAAAUGUUAUUUAGGGGAAUAAACAAAAAUAUAUUAAUGUGGGUAAACUUUUUUUUUUUUAAAGAAAGAAUAGUUGUCAUUGUGGCAGUAUUGUGGUAUAGCUAUCAUUUUGACAAAGUACUGUACUAUUCCAAGUGUAACUGCUAGUUUUCAUAUUACAUAUAGAACUUCAUGUACUGUAUAUCAAUCAUCAUUCCAGGUACUAAUUUUCAUCCAAAGACUCCAGUACAAUUUUUUUUUUCCAGAAAGCACUGACUUGUUUGUUUUUUAAAGGAGAUAAUCAGGAAAGAAUCACACACUACAUAUCUUUUGCUUCUGACCCAUCAGACCUUUAAAAUGUUGUGUUACAUGCAGAGAGAAUUGAGUCAUUUAUUGUUUAAAGGGGAGAUGCAGCUGUUAAGUUUUUUAGUGAGAUGAGAUCUUACACACUAUUUCCUAUAAAUGGAAAAAGUGAAAUGAGCUCUCCUUUCAGCUGUUGUUUUAGCAGCUGACUACACCAGUGACUUCACUGUGGUAUGGAAAGGAAGAAAAGCCUGUUAAAUAUUUGUGUAAAACUUAGAUAUAUAUAAAACUAUAAUUAAAUGAAAUCCUGUUUAUAUCAAAUGUAUUUAUAAAAGUUGGUACCCAAUCCUGUUCCCAUUUAAGUCCCAUUAAUGGGUGUUUUGUCAUUGACUUCUGUGGGAGCAAGAUCAAGCCCUUUGUCACUAAAGCACGUUAAGGAAAUUCUGGGUUGUUAAAACUUCUACAUUUCCAAAUGUAAUCGAAAUCUAAGCCUUCCCUGCCUAAAUGCUGAAACUCUUAACAAAAAUAAUUUGUGAGUACCUAACUCACGUAUAUUUUGCAAAUCUGCUCUUCUUACUUUGUUAAACUAUUAACAGUUUGUACUGUUAAUACAAAGCUUCUUUUUCUCAAUUUUUAAUGUUGUGAGAAUUCUCAUUGGUUAAAGGAUUUUCAUUUGUGGCAUUUUUUUUUAAUUUUCUCUUCUGUCUCUAAUGUACCUAUUACCUUCAUUUUAAAAGGAUAGAGGAUACCCUUUACUAAUACCACUUUUAAUGUAUCCCUAAAAUGAAAACUUAAAAACAAAUAUUGGGGAGGGGGGGAAGGGAAGUGAUAAUGUGUCUAGGAAAAUGAUCUGGAGUGAGAAUUACAUUUUAAGAAUAAAAAAAUUGGAGCUUCAUUUGUAAAUGAUAUUUUAAAAUAAUUAAGUGGAAUUUUGCUUGGAGAUUCUUUUCAUAUUUUAGCUUGCAAACAAAUUACCAUGUAUUGUUUUAAGUAGAAAUCCAAAAUAAAAUACAUAUUUUUCAUUACAUUA